AUGUUGUCACAUGCCUCGAAUGAUCCUCUUACAGGGGCUUUGGAUACCCUCGCCGUGCUGCAUCAAGUAAUGAGAUUUGUACCGUAUAAUCGCCGGACUCUCUGUACAAUGCGAUGUAUAUCAAAGCCAUAUCGUCGUGCUGUGCAGCACCCAAAUGGACCAUGGGCGGGUCGUGAGGAAAUCAUAAUGUCAAAAUACGGCCACUGUAUUAUAUUUAACGCCAAAGAUGAUGAAGAGGGACGCUCCAGUUUCCGACUGUCUUCUGUUUCUCCAAUGGGCCGCAAGUUUACUACGCUUGGCGUGAAGAUGUUGAGCCGUUACCACAAGCGCGUAGCAGAUGGCCUAACACGACUUGCGCUGCAUCAUUCUCACAUUGAUCUUGAGUGCUUCGAGGCUCUUGCUCCUCUUACAAACCUCCGGGAACUGGAGUUAGCGUCAUGCCGGCAAAUCACGUCUAUUGCGGAGGCCAGUCAUGUGGCGAAUUUGGAGUCGCUUGAGGUCAACCUCUGCCCGCUGGAACCGGACGGCGCUGUGGGCCUGCUGCUCCCGAAGCUCAAGCGACUCAAGUUACAUGCCUGCUAUCGACUGAGUAAUUUGAACGGCAUCGCACCCGAGACCGCCGCCGCGUUGGAAGAAGUGUACAUUGAGAACUGCAACAUUUACGAUGGCACCGCCAACGAGUUCUUUAUGAAUUUCACAACAAAUUUGCGCGUGCUUCAUCUGCCCGGGGCUCACAUUGACACAGCACUCACAUUUAUUCCCGAGGACGUGCGGAGAAAGUCGCUGACAUCUUUGAACCUUCAAGAAACGUCCUUGCGGUUUGAAACCUUGUGUGAAUUGGCUCCCUCCAUGCAAGAUCGUCUGGAGUUUCUUUCAUUGGAUUCCUGUACCGAAUUGGAGAGUUUUGAGCCUCUCGGUAGACUUCAGGAGCUCCGCUUUCUUGAUGUCGCAGAGUCUCUUCACGGCGAGGGCCUUCACUUUCUGACGUGCUGCACCAAACUGGAACUCGUUCGCAUGGCGAAUUCUCAAAUAGAAAACAUUAUGUUUGUAUCCUCAUUGCAAUCAUUAAGGGUGCUCGAUGCGCCCAACUCGAGUCUCGGUGACCCUUCCCUGAUGUUCCUUGAGAAUUUGCCCAUGCUGGAGGUGGUAGUAUUGACAAAGUGCCUUCUCAUCACAAAUAUUAAUGUCUUGUGUACAUGCAGACGAAUUAGACGUAUUUUUUGCGCCAAUACCGGGGUGACAAAUGAGGGGAUCACGCUACUUACAGGGUGCACUGAGUUGGAGGAACUUGACCUGAAGAUGACGGCGGUGACGGACGUCAAUUUCCUUGCCAGCUGCCCUUCCCUUAAGUGUAUAAAUGUGUGUAACGCGGUGAUUAGCUGUGAGGGGUGCGAGGCACUACUGAAGAAAAACAUAGAAGUUAUCUGCGACUCCUUUGAUACGAGAAGUGAUUACAUUGACGCGUAG